CCGCCACGCCGCGUGGGCUGGGGCGGGCCUCUCCGCGACGAGGCACUCCACGGCGGCGAGGCGGGACGGCACCGCGCCCGCCGGGGGAGGUGCCGCCCCGUCCGCGCACUUCCUCAGCGGCCCGCGGAGGCGGCGGCCGGGAGCCGCGCCGCUGGACGAUGACCCAGCGCCGGGAGCCGCGUCCCGCCGCGCCGCUGGACGAGGAGCUGGAGGCGCUCGGGUGGUAUCAUGAUAACCUUACCCGACAUGCAGCAGAAGCGCUGCUGCUUUCCAACGGUCAGGAUGGAAGCUAUCUCUUGAGGAAGAGCAAUGAAAGGGAAGAUUUGUUCUCCCUCUCUGUAAGGGGAAAAGAUUCUGUGAAACACUUCCACAUUGAACAUACAGGAACUUCAUUCAAAUUUGGAUUUAAUGAAUUUUCUAGUUUGAAGGAAUUAGUCAUGCAUUUUGCAAAUCAGCCUUUAAUUGGAAGCGAAACAGGAACCUUAAUUGUACUGAAGCAUCCCUACCCACGGAAAGUGGAAGAACCUUCCAUUUAUGAGUCUGUCAGAGUUCACACAGCGAUGCAAACGGGAAGGACAGAAAGCGACCUUGUUCCAAAUGCUCCCUCACUUGGCACAAAAGAAGGAUAUUUGAUAAAACAAGGCAAAAUAGUCAAGAAUUGGAAGACAAGGUGGUUUACACUGCAUAGGAACGAACUUAAGUAUUUCAAAGACCAGACAGCCACAGAACCAAUCCGGGCACUUGACUUAACUGAAUGCUCAGCUGUGCAGUUUGACUAUUCCCAGGAAAGAGUCAAUUGUUUCUGUUUAGUGUUCCCACUAAGGACGUACUACCUGUGCGCGAAAACUGGAAUAGAAGCUGACGAGUGGAUUAAAAUACUGCGAUGGAAACUGUCGCAAAUACGGAAGCAGCUGGAGCAGCGUCACUCCACCCUCAGUUCCUAGCUGCACCUGCGCUGCUUCUGCUCCCUCGGCAGGAGUCGCCUCUUCGCCGGGGGGAAGGCAUCGCUUACCCAGGACGGGUUCACGUGUGUGUACCCCACAUGGACGCUUGCUUCCAGCUCUGCACACAAAGGAUUCGCACAGCUGAGAGCUCCCGGGCUGUUGAGUCACGCCUGGAGGGAGAUGGUUGCAAAGUCAAAGUGCUGGUUUGAUAGGGGUGGUGCGUGCCCGGAACGCACUUCAUUCAAACACCCGUUCACUAAUCACAGAAGUAGUCACUGUUGAAAACUUUUGUGGUUAUUCAGAGCACUCGUGGUAAUUUAUUGCAAGCUCCAUCACAACUAACCUUUAGCAGCACAUUCUGUAACCUUCACCUUGUUAUUUAAACCCAGUCCUUUUUGGAAACAUUAAAUACUGUGUUACCUGUUUAGGCUCCAAACCAAAAGAAAAACGAGAGAGGUAAUUACAUUCUUGUAAAUAGUAUCUAUAUUACAAUCCAGAGAAUAUUUCGAGGCCCUUUUCAAGGUGAUGGAUGAGGAACACUUAGAUCUGGUCAGCUGGUUUUGUACGGUUUAGAUUUCUACCGCAGCGAUGGCUACAAGUGAACGUUUGUUUCAGGCAGCGUGCAUAGGUACCGGUGAGCAGCAGCACGCGAGCACGCUUGUUUACAAACCAGGACUGCCAGAAAGAGGCAGCUGGUUCCUGGCACACAAACGACAGAGCUGCCCUGGGAGCCUGCGGGGGGGACAGGGCUCUGCAGAAAGCUUUGCCUGGGGCAGCCACCAGCGUUGUUGGCAGCAUUGUGAGUUGGGCCCCUUACAGUCUCCCUUGAAAACGGGCUGGGUUUUGUAUUUUUUCCUCGUGUAGAGAACUUAAAAGGAGGUUUUGUCCAGAACCGUGUUUAGAAUUAAGCACUGCUUGCUUUGUAUCAAACAAGAAGCACUACGUACACUGAAAACAGAGAUUUAAAAGAAUACAUCUUCUACACAACCCAAUGCAGAUUUCCAUCUGUAUUUUGGAAGAGCUGUACGCAUUUAACAGUGCUGUGGCUCGCUACAGAGCUGAGAAGUGGAGGCCGAGUACUUUGGUGCUGUAGUCCAAUGGGAUGUUACGUUUUGGAAGUAAAGUUGACACACUGGAACGCCCCAAGACCAGCUUGGCCCGACAUCGCGGCUGGCCCAGCUGCAAGAGCCCCCAGCAAUCCUGUUCCUCCUGGAGGGGUGGGGAAGGAGAGGGGGGAACCCCAUCUCCUUGCAUAACAGUCAAGCUUCUGCUGAAACAACGUACGCAAACCUCUCCCGCUGUGCGAAUGCUGUGGCACGGAGUAUUGCUCACACAGCAGAUCAGUGUUCCAUAGAUGCCUUUACUGUGAGAAGACUGAAGAAGAGGCAGGGAAAAACAUAGUCAAAGAAGAAAAUGUAGAUUUGGACAUAGGAAUGGUAUUUUACUUCAAUUUAGAAAUUAAAUAUAUUUGUAAGUAUUUUUAUACAGAUGGUUUUCUGAAUAAAAUGUCACUAUAAAACUA